AUGCGGGGUGCUUGGGGUACAGACUGUGCCCCCCCUGUGGAGAACCCAUACGGAAGUGAGCUGGAAUCAUGCCGCUCUGAGAUUGAGCUGUUACAGAAGCAGCUGGCCAGUGAACGUCUGUCUGUUCAGACUUUGGAGAACCUGCUGGUGUCUUCACGAGGAAAGGAGCUACAGAGGCAGCUCACCUCUCAGGAAAGGCAGACCGAAAUACAAAUUCUCAAGGACAAACUCAGCAUGGCUGACAGCAAAGUGAGUUCUCAGAGUAGGGAAAUGGCUCAACUGAGGACACGAUCAACCCAGCUGGAAGCAGAUCUUGAGAUGACCAAGAGACACCUGGCCACUGAGCACUUUGAACGGGAGCGUGCAGUACAGGAGCUGCGUAGGCAAGGACUCUCAGCUAUUUCUCCUGUCCUCUCCUCCACUAUGCGCUCCUCAUCCACUUCCCAUCCUCGCUCUCUGAGUCCUCACAGAUCAUGGUCUCCAGAACGCUCUCAUCACAGCAUACCUGACCCACUGCUUGUGCCACAUUACCCCGACAGGAGUCUGACUUUCAAGGACCUUUAUGAUUGAGAAAAUCUCAAUACUCCAAUUUUGCUGGCGUCAUUCAUUCAUUUCAUCUGCUUACGUCUUGGAUUCUGAAGACAAUCAAUAAGGCUCUGAUCUCUGAUUUCAAUAAAUCAAACGUUUACCAUGA